AUGGCCAAGCUCCUUUGGCUCUGCAUGGCUGCAGCCCUCGCCGCCGCGUCCUCUGCGCAAUCAGUGGGAGUGGGCGUGAACGUCCAGCCCGAUGGGGCCACGACCGUCGGAGUGGGGGCACCGGGCACCAGCGUCGCUGCGAAGUCGGGUGCUGGUGGCGCCACUGUGAAUGUGGCCGCACCCCUCACCACUGUGACCUCCACUACCGUGGCUGCCCCCGCCGGCAAGGUGUCUAAGACUGUGGUGACGGCCCCUGGCACUGCCGUGCUUGCAACGAAGGCCGGCGGCAACGCCGCAGUGAAGGUCUCCGCCCCCUUCACCAGCGUGACUGUGGCCGCCAAGCCCGCCGGCACCGCCGCCAAGGUGGACGCCCCUGCGACCGCCGUCACCUCCACCACCGCCGAUACCCCGGCCGGCAAGGCCUCAGACACCGUGGUAAGCGCCCCUGGCACCUCGGUCGUCGCCACCACCAAGCCCAGCGGCACGACUGCCGUGCGGGUGUCCGCCCCGUUCACCAGCGUGAAUGUCGACGCCAAGCCCGCCGCCACCGCCACCAAGGUGGAUGCCCCUGCAACUGCCGUCACCUCCACCACCGCCGGCACCCCGGCGGGCAAGGCCUCAGACACCGUGGUUGCCGCCCCUGGCACCUCGGUUGUUGCCACGACCAAGCCGAGCGGCAACACCGACGUGGCAGUCACCGCCCCUGGGACCACUGUCACCUCCACCACCGUGCCCACCCCGGCCGGCAAGGCCUCGGAGACCGUCGUGUCCGCCCCCGCCACCACCGUGACCGUCAAGGCCAAGCCGGCCGCCGCGGCCAAGACCGCCGUGAAGGUCUCGGCGCCCGGCACCGGCGUGGCGGUCACGUCCACGCCUGGCAGCACGCGCGUGAACGUUGCGGCGCCCACCACCGGCGUAGCCGUCGACAACGGGAACGUCGAUGUCCGCGGCUCUUGGGGGGCCGUGACCAGGACCCCGGCUGGCACUGUUGUGAAUGUCCCCUUCUUCAGUGGAGUGUUCCCCGGCGGCCGUCGUAUGCUUCGCCAGGCCGCCUAG